CGCGAGAAGCGACUGGGUUUUGACCAGAAGAAAAACAUAAACGGCCUCCAUUGGGUCGUCAUGCCGAGAGGAGAACAUUUAAGACAACAAGUUAACAACUUUCGUCCUUCAACAGUUUUCCCAGGCGGUUUGUGUUUUUGUUACUUAAAUCGGUACUUUGCUAGGUAGCAGCAGCUAACGCUAGCCUUUAGAUCAUGUUAGGACCAAAGGCUGUUAGCAUGGCAGCAGCCUCCGGAGGGAAGGUCAGGUCUUUGGUCUCUGUAAGCCGAAGAUUGUCGACCCAGCAGCCUAGCUCAUCGGAUUUUCCCCCUGGCAGCCAGUCAUUAGCAACCCCGGAGCGCAGACCCAGGAAAGACCCAAGCAGCUGCUCGGUGCUCCUCUUCCCCGGGCAGGGGAGCCAGUUUGCCGGCAUGUGCAGAGGACUCCUAAAGUACCCCAACGUGAGAGAAAUGUUCGCAGCUGCCCAAAAGAUCCUCGGUUACGACCUCCUGUCUCUGUGCCUGGAGGGUCCCGAUGGGGAGCUGCGGAAGACGGUCCACUGCCAGCCGGCGGUGUUUGUCUCCUCCCUGGCUGCUGUGGAGAGGCUGCACCAUGAAAACCCAAAGGCCAUCGAGAGCUGUGCUGCUGCUGCAGGCUUUAGCGUUGGAGAAUUUGCUGCUCUGGUAUUUUCUGGUGCCAUGAACUUUUCAGAAGCUCUUUAUGCAGUGAAGGUGCGUGCGGAGGCCAUGCAGAAAGCAUCUGAACUGGUUCCCAGCGGGAUGCUGUCAGUCAUCGGUAAACCUCAGGCUCAGUACAAACACGCCUGUCUGCAGGCUAAAGAGCACUGCAGGAGUCUGGGGAUCCGGGAGCCUGUUUGUUCCGUGGCCAACUAUUUAUUCCCCGAUGGGCGGGUCAUUGCAGGGCAUCAGCAGGCUCUGGACUUUCUCCAGGAGAACGCACGGCGUUUACAUUUCACGAGGACCAAACUUCUACCUGUUAGCGGUGCUUUCCACACCGAGCUGAUGGAGCCAGCCACCGAGCCCCUAAGAGAGGUGCUGAGACAGGUGGAGGUGCGCCAACCCGAGAUCAGAGUGCACUCCAACGUGGACGGAAAACGCUACAUGAAUCCGAGCCACGUGCGCACGCAGCUGGUGAAGCAGGUGACGCUGCCCGUGAAGUGGGAGCAGUCUCUGCACGAGAUCUACGAGAGGACGCAGGGGAAGAGUUUCCCCAAGACCUACGAGGUCGGGCCAGGGAGGCAGCUGGGCGCCACGCUUAAAAAGUGCAACCGGAAGGCCUUUCAACUGUACACACCCGUAGAAGUCGUCGCGACAGAGGAAUGAUCACGGAGAAAUCCGGACUCGAGAACUGUUGAAAAAUCUUUUUGAAACAUGGAUGCUGUCAGUGUUUAAAGAUCUUUUUUAACCAA